AUCCCUCUAAGCUGCGGCAACGGUGCCCCUCCAACCCACUUCUAAAAAGCCUGGCCCUCAAAAUAUUUGUUCUCUAUCCAUUGACCGCAAGUGUUCUUUUCUUCCUGCAAACGCCUUCAAAGUACUUAGCAACACUCGAUCAUAUCCAUUAACUGUUUCCAAGAUGUCUACCGAACAGACCUUCAUUGCCGUCAAGCCCGAUGGUGUCCAGCGCGGACUCGUUGGCGAUAUCAUCUCCCGAUUUGAGAAGCGAGGAUACAAAUUGGUUGCGCUGAAGAUGGUCUCCCCAUCCAAGGAACACCUUGAGAAGCACUACGAGGAUCUUUCGGAGAAGCCUUUCUUCAAGGGCCUUGUUACCUACAUGCUGAGUGGCCCAAUCGUCGCUAUGGUCUGGGAAGGCCGUGAUGCGUGCAAGACUGGUCGCUCUAUCCUUGGUGCCACCAACCCUCUUGCCUCUGCCCCUGGCACCAUCCGUGGUGACUACGCCAUCGAUGUCGGUCGCAACGUCUGCCACGGCUCUGACGGUGUCGAGAGUGCCAAGAAGGAAAUCGCUUUGUGGUUCAAGCCUGAGGAAGUUCAGAGCUACAAGAAUGCUCAGUUCGACUGGAUCUACGAGAAGCCAUAGAUGACCAUAGCACCAUGAUCGCUAUGCCAUGACUUGUCGUGCAGGCUUGGUGGCCGCCUCGACUCCAGCGCGUUCUGCGGCCUUGUGUAGCCAUCUCGCAAUGAUCAACGAUGUGCGAACG